AUGUCUGACAAAAAAAUGAAAAAAAGACACAAAAAGGUGACACAAGAGGACAUUGAAGCACUAAAGGAAGCACUACUGUUGGAAUGUUCACAAGACAUAUCGCAUUCAAGUUUAAUGGAAAGGUCUUCUUCAAGAAAGCAAAUGGAACUGGAGUCUCAUUCGCUAUUGCUGUUGGAUGUCACUCCACUUUCUAUAGGGGUAGAGGAUGCAGAGGGAAAUCUCUGUGUCAUUGUUGCCAGAAACACCACAAUUCCUUGUCGGAAAGAACAGAAUUUUACGUGUUCUAAUGACAAACAAAACAGAGUAGAUGUCAGGGUUUAUGAAGGGUGCAUGAAUGAGGCCAAGAAGAACCAUUUUCUGGGACAGCUUCAGAUUAAAAAUAUUUUGACUUCUUCUCCUGGCAGCCCAUGGAUCAGGGUCACUGUAGAAAUUGACGCCAACGGAAUAACAACUGUAAAAUUAAUGCGAAAGACUUCACAACUGCCUGCCUUGCCAGCAGGAUAUGCAGAAAAAGCUUUUGAUGUCAACACUUAUGGUAUUGGUUCAUCUGUCAGCAGUGUUCUUAAGGAGACCCUGCCACUGAAUAUAUCUUCACUACAAGCCAUGUUUAAUAUUCAAGAGAACAAUUUAUGGAAACUUGGUGCGAAUUUGGAGAAGACUUUUGGAAUUGACAUCACAAAAUGCAUGGAUAUUUUGCAAGGAGCAGGAUUAAAUUCACUUGGUAAGAAGGUUGGCGAUGAGGUCCUAGAAUUGAUAUCAUCAGCCUUGGCACUGCUCCUUAUCCAUAAAAUAAUUGUUCCAGAGUUAUUUCCCUUAGACUUUUCUAAUCAGCUCAGUCUUUUGAAUGCCUUUGUGAAAGCAGUAAAUAAACUCCAGAAAAUGAAGAUUAAUGGUGGGUUUUUAGAGGAAAGGCUAAAGGUCUCGAUGGACACAUACAUUGCCAAGAGACAGAAGUACGACUGGGUGUGUGAUAUGUUGGAAUUAGGUCAUACGUACGAAGAGGUGGCCAGUAAAAUGCUGGGGUAUACGUCAUCUCUGGAAACAAAGGCCCCUCUUUAUAUAGAGGUCAAACUCUGAAGGAAGACUGAGAUUACUGCUAAUUUGAAAAAAAAAAUUAUUCUAUCCUGCCAAAUGCCAAUCAAAAGCGCCCUCGUUCUUUGUGUGCUGUAUACAAUGAAAUUUACCUUUUUGUGAUCAGCAUUCACAAAAUAUAAAGUAGACAAUUGAUUACACCAUAACCUUUAAAAAAUGUACACCGAUGAAUGACAAUGAUUAAAAAAUUGACGAGAGAAAACUUUGACGAGCUACAGUUAUUCAUCAAAAUCCUCAAUGUUUCCUCCUUGUAAAACUUUCCACUUUUAUAGUAUUUUUGCUACACGCAAGAUACUGAACACAGUAUUAUUUUAAUUUUUUUAUUUUAUUAUAAACAUUCCAUGAAAUUCAUGAUAUUUUUUUAAUUUUAGAUCGAAGAAGUAGUUCUUAUUCUAUCAAUUACACUUUAUUCAAUGAUUGUAUUGAAAAUAAGCCAUGAUUAUGCUCUCGUCUCUUACUCUGUCAAUUUUUUGCAUUGAUAAUAAGCUGCAAUUUGAAAAUAAGCCAGUUUGAAAAUAAGCCCCCACUUUCUUACCAAAAAAAAGCCUCGGCUUAUUUUCAAGGCUUUAGGGUAUUCAAGAAGUGGAUUUCAUCAGAUGUGGAUACUCAAAAGUUCCAAAGAACUUUUGGACAAUUUGAUUUCACAAGAUUUUACCAUAAUCAACAGCAUAAAAACUUACGACUUUUCAACUUUAUACACAACCAUUCCCAACGAUAAAAUUACAGUCAACUGUUUUUUAUAUCAUUGACAGCUUCUUUUCCAAUAAAUAUGUGAUUUUACU